AUGAGAGAUAGAUUGCUGGUAUUAUUAUUACUGGGAGUAGGUGCCAUCAAAGUAUACGAAGAGUACGAUGAGGAGGAAAAAGAAGAACGUGAUCCACUGGAACUAAUGAAACAUAAGCAUAGUAAGAGAGAUUUGGAGUCUGUUGAGAACUAUGUUUCAAACCCUAUACCAAUUGAGGAAGAAACAAUUGAAGCUAUUUCAAACGGUUUAUCACCGAAGUUCAGAUCUAGGUGUCAGGACAUAAAAGAUGAGUGUUCUUGCAACUGUGACCGGAUAAAUAAUGUGACCAAGAAAGAGAUUUCACAUAACUCCACUGACCUUGUAUGGAUAAUUCGUUGCCGACAAACAUUCUUGUUGGGACAGAAUUUGUGCGAAUGCAAACGACUUUUGUUCCAUAGGGAGGAUACGAAGUGGUUAACUUCAGAAACUACUGACUCUAUGUUAAAAGGGGAAAACCCUAUGCAUUUCUUUGCAUUUGUCUCUUGCAUUUCUAUUGUAGACAAAAUUUCAUGCUUAUGGAGUCUUAAAUGUUCAUUACAGGUGAAGUCGGAUAUGAUAUCGUUGUCAGAGAAGGUAGCACUAAUUACAGGGGGAAGUUCAGGAAUUGGAAAAGCAACUGCAGUUUUGUUUGCGCAACUAGGUGCACGUAUUGCUUUAGUUGCUCGAGAUAAAGUGCGACUGGAAGAAACUCGACAAGCAUGCUUGAAAGCAUCACGUCAAGAAGCUCAUGAGAAACACAAAGAACCUUUUUUGUGCAUCGAAGCGGAUUUAACGGAUUCUCGUGAAGUUGAAAGAGCGUAUCGUUUGGUUAUAAAUCACUUCCAUCAACUUGAUAUAUUGGUAAAUAAUGCGGGGUGCAUGAUACGAGAUACUGCGGAAACAUUCAAUGUGGAUGAAUUCGACCGUCUAAUGAAAGUGAAUUUAACUGCUGCAAUUUCCCUAACUCAUCUUGCUAUCCCUGACCUUACUAUCACUAAAGGUUCUAUCUUUCCGGGGGUAAUGUCUUAUUGUAUUAGUAAAGCAGCAUUGGAUCAAUUUACCAGGUGCACUGCAUUAGAUUUAGCUCCAAAAGGAAUCCGGGUGAAUGGUGUCAACCCGGCAGUUAUCGUUACUGAAUUGCAUCGGCGGUCUGGGAUGUCAGAAGAGGACUAUGGUGAUUUUCUGUCAAAAGCCAAAGAGACACAUGCCCUCGGUCGAACUGGUACAGUAGAAGAAGUGGCACAAGCUAUUGCUUUUCUUGCGAGUUCUGCCUCUUCAUUUACUACUGGUAAUUCAUUAAUGGUUGAUGGUGGUCGAUCUAUCAUGUGUCCACGAUAA